AUGGCAGACCCUAAAACGCAGCUAAAACGACAGAGAGAAGAAACCCAGGAAGAAGAAAACUCAAAGCGCUGCAAAUCUUCACUUAACCGCAUCAUCUCCAUUCUUGAAGACGACGAAGAAGCAGACUCCAAGUUCAACCAAGACUACUUGUCCCCCAUUUUCACUUCCCUCCAGCAAGAGCUCUCUUCGGCGGCCCAUGACGCCGGGCCGGACCCGGGCCAGCAACUGGGCGGACCUGUUGGCCCGGCUGCAUCUAAGGAAGACGCAGACGCUGAUGGAGUCAGUGUUAUCAGACACCUUCUUGAAGCUUCCGACGACGAGCUCGGUAUUCCCAGUAGUGGGAUGGACGGCGGAGAUAACAGUGACGAGAAAGAAAUGGACGGCGGAGAUUUGACGUUUUCUUUUUGUGAUGAUGGGUUGUGGGAGUUCGAAGAUGAAGCUGCUGAUUACUAUUCUUCGUUACAGUCUGAACUUUUCAUGUAG